UCCUAUCUAUCUAUCCUUUUCGCAAUUUGAUAUCAAUCUUUGUUUUGUCUUGCACUAUUUUUCAUAAUGCGCAUAAUUUGUUUUAUUUUUUGUUUCUUUAUUUUUUAAGUAUUUUGACUGGGAGCAAUCUGGCAUCCACCUUGUUUCGAUCUGUGCGAAGGAUACAUUCAAUUAAUUUAUCUGCACCGAAAUUACAGCAAAAGGUUUUCAUACGUCAAAUUUCAGUAAAGAAGAUGGAUGUUUCACAGCAUAUUCUAGAAAAUGAAACUGAGGUUUGCCACCUUGAUUGUGUCACAGCAUUUAAAGCUUUGAGCAAGAGUGAAAAAUUGUAUUCACAUUAUUUGGGAAAAGCAUCAUUCUAUGGUGGACUGAUUGUCCUGCACCAAACUUCUCCCGAGUCACCAAAAAUAUUCUGUCUUUUGAUGAAAAUAUUUUCAAAGCAGAGUGCAGAAGCAAUUGCAGAAAUUGCUGUUGAACGAUGUGGAUUUUCAGCAGAAGAUGUAACAGCAUUCAAUGUUUACAUUGCUGGGUUUCUGGCAAACAUGGGAAACUAUAAAGGAUUUGGUGACACAAAGUUCAUCCCUGGAGUUCCUCGGGAGAAGUUCAUGAAGUUGGUCAUGUGUACAGAUGCAUAUCGUCAAGAACCGGAGCUCAUUGAGUCCUUGAUGCAAGCAUGUGCUGAAAGAACUUAUUCUCUGGAUGAGAACAACAAACAACUGGGUUUAAAGGGGAAUGGAAUCACAGCGUAUUUCUCACUCAAUUGCGACAAAGCUGAUGCUGAAAUGAUACAAAAAUUUCUGGAUGCAAAAUCUAUAAGUGCCUAUAACACUAGACUAUUUAAGAAAGAGUUGAAUGAUGGAAAGUACAAGUAUGAAGUCAGGCUCGCAUCAGUUUCUAAAACUGAUGAUAGUGGUGAUAAACUUCCUUAUUUAGGUGACCAUGAAUUUGAAGGUCACUCAAUCACAGUUCAGCGUGGGGAUUAUAGUGUUUUGAUGAAAAAAGUGGUAGAAAAUUUGGAAAAGGCGAAAGCUAAUGCUCUUAAUGAAAAUGAAGCCUCUAUGAUUAAGGAAUACAUUCGUUCUUUCACAAGUGGUGAUCUCGAAGCACAUAAAGAAGGUUCCCGAUUUUGGAUCCGAGACCAAGGACCUAUUGUAGAAUCUUAUAUAGGGUUCAUUGAGUCAUACAGGGAUCCUUUUGGAACAAGAGGUGAAUUUGAAGGAUUUGUUGCUGUUGUCAACAAAGAAAUGAGCAAAAAAUUUGCAAAUCUUGUUGCAUCAUCUGAUACACUCCUGAAACAUUUGCCAUGGCCUAAGGAUUAUGAGAAAGAUACAUUUUUGCGUCCAGAUUUUACAUCUCUUGAUGUUCUUGCUUUUGCUGGCAGUGGUAUUCCUGCUGGUAUCAAUAUACCAAACUAUGAUGACAUUCGUCAGUCGGAAGGAUUCAAGAAUGUAUCACUUGGUAAUGUGUUAUCUGCAGCGUAUUCUGUAGGAAAAAAAGUAUGGUUUCUUUCCGAUGAAGACCAGGCUAUGUUCAAGGAUUACAAAAGUAAAUCUUUUGAGGUUCAAGUUGGAUUGCAUGAGUUGUUAGGACACGGCAGUGGGAAAUUGUUCAGCACAAAAGAAGAUGGAACCAUGAAUUUUGAUAAAGAAAAAGUCAUCAAUCCAUUGACAAAUAAAUUAGUCGAAAAAUGGUACAAAUCUGGUGAAACGUGGGAUAGCAAAUUUGUUGAACUUUCCUCACCAUAUGAGGAAUGUAGGGCAGAAUGUGUGGGAUUAUACCUGUGCCUCAACAGGGAUGCACUCAAGAUUUUUGGACAUGAAGGACAAUCUGCCGAUGAUAUCAUUUAUGUCAAUUGGCUAAAUAUGGUUUGGGCAGGAGUUCAAGGCCUUCUGUACUACACUCCAGAAAAUAAAACAUGGAGGCAAGCUCAUAUGCAAGCAAGAUAUGUCAUUCUCAGAGUUUUGAUGGAGGCUGGUAUUGUGACUGUUAUGCACACUUCAUGCAAAGAUGACGGAAAGCCAGAUGCUCUUAUCACUCUUGAUCGUUCACUCAUAGAGACCAAAGGUCAAAAAGCAAUUGGUGAUUUCUUGUGCAAACUGCAAGUCUACAAAUCGCAUGGCGAUUGUGAGACUGCCAGAGUUAUGUGGCAGAAAUAUGCAACUGUGGAAUCUGAGAUACAACCAGACAUGUUAAAACUGAGACAGACCGUCAUCUUACGACGUCAACCAAGAAAGUUAUUUGUUCAAGAUAACACCAUUAAUAAAAGUGAAGAAAUUAAUUUGGUUUCUUAUCCUGCCACCCAUUCAGGCCUGAUAGAUUCGUUUGCAGAUAGAUUCAGAGAUGAUGAUAUUUGUGAAUUGUUGAAAAACUGUUAACAUUUAGCAAGCAACUUAUCAUCCUGACAGUUCAAGCUGACAAUAAUGCAGUUUCCAUCUUUUUUUGGUGCAUUCUUUAACCUAUUUUUCAAAUUCUCCAUUCCUCCCCACUAUAUAUAAAAACUCUUGUUUGAAUUUGUUAUUCAAUCUUGAAUAGAACAUUUGCUUGUGAUAUGUGCAACUAGCCUUCUGUACAGUUUAAACAUAUGCAUAUCUAUGUUUCACAAUAAUACUACAUGCAAAUAUAAAGUAAUAUUUAAAUUCCUGCUUGGAGAGGAAUAGGGAAACAUUGGCCCUAAAGAAUCUAAAUUUUUCGCUACAUGAUUCAAUGGCAGUAUCAUGUCAAUUACUUGCCAUCAAAAUAACAUUUCAAUACUACAAGAACCAUUAUAACUAUCAAUUGGGAACCCAAUUUAUGUGUCAAAUAUUUCAAGCUAGCAUUCCUAAUGAAUGACAAAAUCUGUUUUUUGCUUGAUCAAAUAAGCCAAAUGAUUGAAUGAAUGAA